AAUAUAUAUAUGGCCCAAGAGUUGGAAUGUGUUUAGAACAAGGAGGGCUUUAGGCAAGAGAAAAAGAGAAAACAGGGACUCCCUUUUAGAGAGAGAAACGGAUACGCGUGGUUUGGUGAGGGCUGUUAAUGGCGAUUUGGUCGAUGGUGGAGAGGCAAUAAAGUGAAGGACGAGGGUGCUUGCUGGCAUACUCCCUCUGUACUGACGCACAAGGGCGUUAUAUUGCUGCUCCUUCUCUUCUGGUUCUUAGUAUAUCUCGUCCCUGGAGAUAUUUUCAGGGGAAAUACAGAGUGCCAUAAAGGGGAUCCGUUUUAGAAAUCUUCUUUGUGUUUGUCUGCGGAGAAAUUUCAAAGGAGCAACAUGGCAGAAUUGAUGGAGUGGCCGUGUUUGGAUGAAUACGAAAAGCUUGUCAUCCGUAUGAACACUCCCAGGGUCGUGGUUGAUAAUGCGGUUUGCGCCACGACGACUCUGGUCAAGGUGGAUAGCGCUAGAAAACACGGAAUACUUUUGGAAGCCGUACAGGUUCUCACGGAUCUGAACCUCUCUAUAAAGAAAGCUUACAUCUCCUCUGAUGGAAGAUGGUUCAUGGACGUUUUCCAUGUGACUGAUCUAAACGGAAACAAACUGACGGAUGAGAGUGUUAUCAACUACAUUGAACAGUCUCUUGGUUGCAUUCAUCAUGUAAGAUCCAACAGUUUUAAUGGUCUGACGGCAUUGGAGCUAACAGGGACUGAUCGCCUUGGUCUUUUAUCAGAGGUGUUUGCAGUACUGGCAGACCUGGAAUGUAAUGUGGUAGAGUCCAAAAUGUGGACUCACAAUGGAAGAAUUGCUUCUCUCAUUUAUGUGAAGGACUGCGAUUCAGGGAACCCGAUUGAGGACUCUCAAAAGAUUGAUAGAAUUGAAGGACGGUUAAGGAAUGUUCUGAAGGGAGAUAAUGAUAUUCGAAGCGCAAAAACUUCGGUUUCCCUUGCUGUCACUCACACUGAGAGAAGACUGCAUCAAAUGAUGUUUGCAGACCGUGAUUAUGAACGAGAGCCUAUAAUAAGGUCUGCUUCUGAAUCACCGGCUGUCACUGUCCAGAAUUGGGUGGAAAGGGGUUAUUCUGUUGUGAAUGUUCAGUGCAAGGAUCGAAGGAAGCUUCUGUUUGAUGUUGUUUGUACAUUGACAGACAUGCAGUAUGUUGUUUUUCAUGCAACCAUUAACACCGCAGGGGAUAAAGCAUAUUUGGAGUUCUAUAUCAGACACACUGAUGGAUCCCCGAUUAGUUCAGAGGCUGAGAGGCAACGUGUGAUUCAAUGCUUGCAAGCUGCCAUUGAAAGAAGGGCUUCUGAGGGUGUGAGGCUAGAAUUAUGCACAGAGGAUCGGAGGGGGCUUUUAGCUGAUGUGACCCGAACAUUCCGAGAGAAUGGUCUUAAUGUGACCAGAGCUGAGAUAUCCACAACUUCCGAGAUUGCUCUGAAUGUUUUCUACGUAACGGAUGCAAUGGGAAACCCAGCAGAUCCAAAGAUCAUCGAGGCUGUAAGACAGAAAAUUGGAUUGAGUAAUUUAAAAGUGAAGGAACUGCCAUUGAUCAAUCAUCAAGAAGCAGAAAGGGAUGAGCCAACAGUUGGGGUUGGUGGGGCCGUGCUGUUAUCCCUUGGGAGCCUAGUUAGAAGGAAUCUGUACAAUUUGGGAUUGAUUAGAUCACAUUCUUAGAGACAGACACAGAGCCAAGUUGGUAGGAGAUUUGCCCACUCAUCUGGCAUAUACCUUGCUUCGGGGUUGGGAUUUUGUACAUUUAACACAAAAGGAGGAAAAAAAAACAAAAAAAAAAAGUUUGGUGAUAGUAGUUGUUAUUAUAGUUGGGUUUGGUUGGUUGAACCGAUAGAUGCAGCAGAUGGGGGUGGAAAGGGCCAAUCCACCAUUUUAAAAUGGUUUUUAAAAGAGAUUUGAAUGAGGAGGGGAAAACAGAGGAAAAAGUUGAAAGAUGUCGGUGGUGGAGGAUCAUGAGAUUAUGAAUACAGGUUGGUUGUUUGCUGGCAGGCAGGAGAGAAAGAAGAGUAGGUAGAAGAAAGAAAAUGGUUUUACACAGCAUACAUUUGUACAUAUAAACUUCUCUCUAAGUAUUAGUUCUUGAUUUUUAGCCCCCACAA